GACUGGCAGAGUCCACGACGUCAUCUUUAAUUCGCCUGGCUUCUCCGGACUACGGUUCUCGUCUCCCCUCGCUUUCUUCUCCGUUUCAAUGGCUUCACCAAUUCCAAAGCUUCUUCUUCUCUUCUCAAUUCUUUCGUUUAUCUCCUUAUCUGCCUCCGCUAGACCCUGCAAAACCCUCUUCAUAUCCUCCUAUUCUUUCUCCAUCAAGCCCCUUUACCCGAAACCUAAUUCUAACUUUGACCGCCGUUCCUCCUCCGGAUUCGUCACCAUCGUCACCGAAAUCACCCAACAACACUCCUCAUCUGAGAUUUUCCUCGAUCGUCCGGUUUUCCCCGCCGUUGAUCAUUAUGAUACUUCUGAGCCACAAGGUAUCCAACGGCGGCAGGAAGGCCCUGUCUUGCCUUUUGGCAUUUCCUCCUAUGACAUGAGUUCUCUCCGCGAUCGCACCAAGGACAUUCUCAGUGUCGUCGUCGCCUUGCUUUUUGGGGUUGGUUGUGGCGCUCUCACCGCCGCUACCAUGUACUUGGUCUGGUCCCUUUUCUCUACUCGCUACGAUUACCGCUACGAGGAAUUUGAUGGCGAGGAUGUAGAUGAAGCGGAUGAUGUUAGCCCUAAGAAGAUGGGUUAUGUUAAGAUCCCUGAGGCUGUUUCCAUGCCUAAGCAGGUGAAGGAGGUGGUAUGAGGAGAUUUUCCAUUUUAUAUAUAUAACCAAGAAUUUUUAAUUUUUCGCUUAGGGUUUUAAUCAACUGUUAUCUUUAUUGUUCUUUUUAUGUCUUGCGGAUUAUCAUUGAACAGCUAAUGUUGCUUUCUCGUGUGUUAUUGUCAAGAAAGCCUAUGGAUUGUUUCUAUUGCUAUAUGUUAAUGUCUUCUAAGUCUAAUAGAUUAAUAUCUUUUGUGUUA